AGUUUCCAUUGCCGAUCAGUGCGCAACCAUCCAGACCCUGUCUCUCGUCAUUGACCCUCGAUCGGAUGUCUGUUACGAAGUACAACCUUAUCUAUUGCUCUCUCCCUCAUCGGCAAUCGCCAAUUUCGCCAUCAAUUGCUGUGAGACUUGACUGAUUGUUGUAUCUUGUGGUCAUGGUCUGAGUUCUACCCUCCACCGUUCCCUUUCUCUUCUUACACACGCACCAAUGCGCCGAGCUUCCGGCUCGCCGUCUCCUUCAUCGGUAGUUAGCGGGAGAUACUCUUGAUCAUGAUAUCUGCGGUCGUGGAUUUCCUCCAGAAUGGUUGGGAUAAGCAGGGCCUAUGGAUAUUUGCUAUCCUCUUGAUCUCUGCUACAACACCCCACGCGCAUGCUCAGUUAACAGCCCCUACAUUAUCAACGAUAUCUUCAACCACCACACCUUUUGCAACGACCAUUGUUACGCCCAGUCCCACGACCACUGCUCCUCCUCCUCCUCAUUUAUCGAUAUUGACGACUCUCUCCACCACAUUUUUGAACACCAAUUCUACUUCCUCGAUAUCAACUAUCCGCGAGACUGACCAACCUCCCAGCCAACUGUUCCCACUGUCUAGUACAGAAACUCAGCCGAACUCAAACCAAGAGCGAAACGAGAGUGCGUUCAAUUACUACUUCUUGAUCCUUGCUGGCUUUGGAGCGGUCCUUGCGGUCGGAUUAUGGUGGAUUCGAAAACGGAGGAAAAGGCAAAAAGAGCAGAUGCGUCUCAGUGGUCAAACUGCUCUUGCAAGGGAUCUCGACGGUUGGGUCAACACACGGCGAUGGGUACAUGGUGCUUGGAGGCAUAAUCAAACAGUUGCUAUCAUUCGACGUGAGGAAGGACUUGACGAGAAUGGCGAGCCUCCACCCCCAUAUCAUUCUGAUGCCAGCGCGUCUGUCCCAUCUAACAGACAAUGCGUCAUACAACAGACUUCGUCUGAGUUACCAGUCCCACUUCGAACUAUCUCAAGAGAAGACAUAGCCAGAGCAGGACCACCGGCGUAUCCUGUGUUGGAACAUCAUGGCCAGAAUUCUACUGUUACUUCAGAUUCAAUGGCCGACCCUGGUAUGCCUUCUAGCAGUCUUCGAUCCGUGGAAUCCAGGGUUCGUGCGGACACAAUCCACGGUGGAGCAACAUGACACGACGGGUUGCCGGUAAAUCGCCUCUUUCAAUUUUGCAAAUACUGCCUCUGGCUCUUUUGAGUGGACCCAGUACCGUACAGUGACUAGCCGCCGAUGGUAGAAGGUACGCAUGUAGAGAUCACUCUACUGAAGAGAACGCACAGCUCUUUUGUGACUUAA